ACCACCCACUCCCUGAAACCCCGUCCCUUCCUCGGCUCUUCCUCCGUUCCAACUCUAUAAUCUAUUCUAUUCCGAAGACCACCACCGAUGCCCAAAAAGCCAUGUCCGAGCCCUCCAACACCGCUCCCUUAGAGCUUCUGGAACACCCACACCCCCACCACCCCCAUCACCACCCGCGGCCGCCGGCGUACUCUCCGUCAUCCUCCUCCGCGGCGCUGGCCCGAGACUACCGCAAGGGCAACUGGACGCUUCACGAGACCCUCAUUCUCAUCACCGCCAAGCGGCUCGACGACGAGCGCCGCGCCGGCGGCGGCAGUUCCUCCUCCGGCGGCGCCGCCCCCCGCUCCGCCGAGCAGAGGUGGAAGUGGGUCGAGAACUACUGCUGGAACAACGGCUGCCUCCGGAGCCAGAACCAGUGCAACGACAAGUGGGACAACCUCCUUCGCGACUACAAGAAGGUCCGCAACUACGAGGCCCGCGCCACCGCCUCCGUCGCCGGCAGCACCGCCGGAGACCGGCCCUCCUACUGGGCCAUGGAGCGGCACGAGCGGAAGGAGCGCAACCUCCCCACCAACCUCGCAGCCGAGGUCUUCGAAGCCCUCACCGACGUCCUCGGCCGCCGGGCAGCCCGCCGCGGCGGUGCCGGCGCUGUCUCCACCGCCGCCUCCUCUCGCGCUCUCCCUCCGCCGCCGCCGCCGCCGCCGCCGCCUCCCUCCUCGCUCGCCCCGCCAUCCCAGCCCCAGCCGCCCGCGGUCACCCCUACUCCCCCGCUGCCCCCGCCACCUCCACCGGCGCAAGCCUCCGUUUCCGUGGAGAUGACGGAAACGUCGGGGUCGUCGGAGAACGAGGGGCUGGAGCCGGAGGCGAAGCGGCGGAGGCUCCGGCGGCUGGGGUCAAGCGUCGUGCGGAGCGCGACGGUGCUGGCGAGGACGCUGCUGGCGUGCGAGGAGAAGCGGGAGCAGCGCCACCGCGAGAUGGUGGAGCUCGAGGAGCGCCGCCUCCGUAUGGAGGAGGAGCGGACGGAGAUGCGCCGCCAGGGUUUCGCCGGCCUCAUCUCCGCCGUCAACAACCUCUCCGGCGCCAUCCACGCUCUCGUCUCCGACCACCGCAACGGCGACGGCAGGUAAAAGCGAACCAACCCGCAGGACAACCGAACCGAAGCGGACCGGACCAUACCAACUUAGUUGCUUCUUGGUUUCGGAUGUAAAUAAGGGCCUCAAAUGAUGGCAUUGUUAUUUUUUCUGUGCUAUUAUCGAUUUUUUUUUCUUUCUAUUUUUCCUUUCUAUUUCGUACCAAAAUCAGGUGGUGGGCCCUAUUUCCAUUGAUGCAUGGGGUAAUUUUUAAUGACUACAAUGCCCUUAUUUUUUAGUGAA